GUGUCCUGAAAAACAUUUAAAGAAACAACUGCUGCCCAAAAUUGGCAAUUGAAGGUGGCGCGUACGUACAUCACUCUCACCCAUUCUCUUUUUGCCAAUUGCAUAGAACGCAACCCACAUUUACGUCUUCUGUCAACAAAGUUUUAUUAUGAAUCCCGAAGAAACUUUUAAAAAAAGGCGCAAUGAAGCCUUCAAAAAGGGCGAUUAUCCCGCAGCAUUAUCAGAUUACUAUCACGCACUUCUGCAUUUGCGAACUGUCGGUGGUCUUCAGCCUGCAAACGAUUUGAAAGAGAGACCGAACGAGCAACUCGUCAAGAUUUACAACAACCAGUGUGCUGUUUUGGCAAAGCAGGAGAAAUGGCCGCGCGUUUUGGAUACAGCCAUCCAGGCACGCGAAAUCGAUGCUGAAAACUUUAAAGUGGUCAAUGCAGCAGCCAUGACAAAGAGUACGAAUAGCACGAUCAGUAAUACCAUAGUAUACCCCGUCCAUCCAUGUCCCACAGCAAUCCGACGCUCCAAAAUUUGGUUCAUGUUUCUCAAAUAAAUCAUGACCCCAACGCAUAUACUCGCAAGCGCAAGUGCCACGAAAAUGUACGACACAACCUGAACUUGGAUCGAUGCUAGAUCGUCUGUUCCAAGGUAGAAUUAGAGGGUGCGAAUACUUUGGUUGGCAGGUCCAACAGCGUCAUAAAGCCUUCACACCAUUUACAUAUAUAUGAGCAUGGGUGUCUCUCUGUGUUGUGCGAACUGUCUAACUAGAGUGUUGCUUCUCCACGACGAGUGUAUAAUCAUGUGGGGGUUGUUGUGUGGAGAAGUAAAUUGAAUUGACUUUACCUAUU